AAAUACACCCUCGGCUGGACAGACAGACAGACGGAGCACGUUGAGGGUCAUGCCGUCAUACGUCUUCAAUCAGUUCGUGGACAGAGAUGAUAUUUUGUGCAAGCAACUUUUAAAACUCAAUAUGGGUGAGCUGCCAAAGACUUCUGCAUCAGCUGUUGGACACCAAAAUCCCGAAUCAUCAAUAAUUUCUAACAACUGGGCCCAAACCAAAGAACUCCCUGUGCCGUCACGGUGGAACAGGAUGGGCUUCUGGUCAGAGCGUGCCAUCAGUAUGGUGGAGGACGACACUGGAGGUCUGGGCUGGGCAUCUGACAGGCCUGGGUCCAUGUUGAGUGCGGUGUCUUUCAGCAGCUCCAUGUCUUCGCUGUCUUCCAAUACCACUUCUUCACGUUACAAGACUGAACUGUGUCGCACCUUCACAGAAAGGGGCGUGUGCAAAUACGGGAGCAAGUGCCAGUUUGCUCACGGUUCCGAGGAGCUACGUGGCAUCAGCCGCCACCCGAAGUACAAGACUGAACCGUGUCGCACGUUCCAUUCGAUCGGCUUCUGUCCAUACGGCAUCCGCUGCCACUUUGUGCACAACAAUGAUGACGAUGCCCACCUGCGCCAUCAACAGCCCUCUCUUCCCACAAGUACCCAGCGUCCGCCCCUCCUAAAACAAAGCUUUAGCUUCGCUGGCUUUCCUUCCAACCCUCAGUGUCUCGAUCCUCCCUUCUCUCAAGCGUCCUUCCUUGGCAUGCCGUCUGCCUCGCCACCUUCCUCAGGCACCAUCUCUGACCUCUUGGCCAUGGCAUUCCCUGAGUUCCUGCCCUCAAAUGACUCCGGCUGCUCCAGCAGUGAGCUGACUCCUACAGCCACACCCUCUCAGAUGGUGCCUGGUGUACCUGACCGAAUUUUCAGCGUUUCACUGGGUGCACGGAGUCUGUCGCUCACGUCGCUCUCGGACCAUGAGGGACGUUGUAGCAGCUCGGCCAGUAGCCUGAGCGGCUCCGAUUUGUCUUCGGCUCACGACGGCACUGCCAAGAGGCUGCCCAUCUUCAGUCAGCUGUCACUGCCUGAUGGUUUCUGCAGUGAAGGCAGUUCAAGUUUCUUCCUUUAGAACCAGAGUUCCUGUUCUUGCACAACUCCUAACCUUGAUUAUAGAUUAUACUGUCCUUGCUAUAUACUUGAUGAUAUUUGUAUUUGAACUUAGUGUGAUGAAGAAU